ACGAAAUCCAGGCAAGAAACACAGAGAGGAAAAGUAAAUCCCCAGCCAGGGCUAUUUUGCGUAUGAGGAAUCGUUAGCAAUUGGCUGCUAAUGAGCUACAAGCACAAUUUGAGUCCCAGGUCCUCGGGCUCUCUGGGCCAGGGUAUAAAACCAGCCAGGUCGGAGGAGCUACAACCACUCCUGCUUUCUUCUCCUUGGAGAAAAGGAGCUCCCUGCGUCCCAGACUCACACCCCACAGCCAUGUCCUGCUACGACCUCUGUGCCCCCACGUCCUGCGGCCCCACGCCGCUGGCCAACAGCUGCAACGAGCCCUGUGUCCGGCAGUGCCAGGACUCCACCUACGUGAUCCAGCCCUCUCCUGUGGUGGUCACCCUGCCCGGGCCCAUCCUCAGCUCCUUCCCGCAGAACACCGCCGUGGGAUCCUCGGCGUCCGCGGCCGUCGGGGAUGCUCUGAGCACCGGGGGAGUGCCCAUCAACUCGGGCAGCUCCUCGGGGCUCGGCAGUUUAGGGUACUCCGGUUUGGGGGGGCUCUAUGGGAGGUCCUACCGGCGCUCCAACCGCUGCGGGCCCUGAGGGAGCCUCGGGAAGGGAUGAGCAGGAGAUGGAAAGCGCGAUCGGAUGCAGGACUGAGCCCGUGCCCACCCGCUUGCUGACCCCCGCAGCUUUGCUCUGAGCUGCCGGCGCUGCAGGAGCUCGGCCUUUCCCAUUUGAUGCCUUCCUGUGGAAUCAGGGAGGUGGAAAUUGUCACUCGAUUGUCGCUGGAUGUGCAGCUGUAAAGCACUGUCUGGACAUGGGUGAUGAAUUUUAAUCCGUAUUCAACCCUUCUGCUUUCUUAGGCUGUAUUUUUUUUCUUUUUAAUUCCACUUCUUGCUCAUUAAAUAGAUG